UCAGGAAGGUAAUAAUUAAAUGAUGUAUUUGGCUAUACAACUGUUGUUAAGAAAUUUUUACUUAUGUAGGAAAAUGGGUUUGCUACACUGUUAAUAAAAGCCUUCUAGUUUCUUGUGGCUAUAUCGUUUACCACAUUGUUAAAUAGUUUGUAAUUGUAUUAAAGAAUUUUUAUAGUUUUGAGGUAUAGUAAACAAGAUCUGGUUUUGUUUCAAAAGAAGGCAGCCGGGCUGGAUCACACGUGGUAGAGCAUGGCGGUGAGCCCCGUCGGAGGCAUGGGUGACGUGAUGGAGACCCUGGGCACGGUGAACGGGGACGGGGGUCCUGUGGAGGAUACGAUACAGCACCCCCUGCAGCACACCUGGACGCUGUGGUACUACGAAAAUGAUCGCUCCAAGACGUGGGAGGACAACCAGCGCCAGGUGACCAGCUUUCGCACCGUGGAGGACUUCUGGCGGCUGCACAACAACAUCAAGACGGCCAGCGACCUGCGCCAGGGUUGUGACUACUCGCUCUUCAAGAAAGGCAUCCGGCCCAUGUGGGAGGAUGCGGCCAACAAGAUGGGCGGGCGCUGGCUCAUCAACGUGGAGAAGAAGAUGCGGGGGCCUGAGCUGGACAACGUGUGGCUGGAGGUACUGCUGUGUAUGAUCGGGGAGGCGUUCGAUGACCACGGCGAUGAUGUGUGUGGCGCGGUGGUCAACCUGCGCAGCAAGGGUGACAAGAUAGCCGUGUGGACGGCCAACGCCAAGAACCAGCAGGCCGUGCUGGAGAUCGGGCGCAAGCUCAAGUCACGCCUAAAAAUCCCCCACAACAACCCAAUAUGCUAUCAGGUCCAUGAGGACACCAUGGUCAAGUCGGGCUCCAUGACCAAGAACACCUACACGCUGUAGAGUCGUAUUUCAUCCAGAAGCUUCCGUUCUCUACUGUCCAUCAACAUGAUGAUUCUGAACCUUCCUCAUUUCUGCUCAAAUUCUCGGUAAAGGAGUAUAACGGCUAACCUUGGUUACAGGCACAAGUUACCCCCAUUGGUUGCUUCUGUGUAAAUUACCUUGAUUGAAUAUAGAUAAUUUAUUUCAGCAUAGUUGUGAGUAAGAAUAUAUUUAUAAUAUAAACUAAAAAAUAUGAUUUGUAUUGUGAAAAUUUUUUUAUUUGUAGUAUUGUACUUAUGAUAUUAUAUCUAAGUUCAUUUUCUCUGUUAAAAAAUAUAUAUUAUUUUUCAAACUAACCUAUGAUAUUGUGAAUUAUGUAUUUUGAAGAGAAAACUAGGUAUGUUAUGGUGUAUAGAAUAAUUACUUUAAACACUUGCAAAAUGUUUGUAAUUUAAUAUAAAAACAAAUUUAGGCCAUUUAGCAUGCUCAUUUGCACUUUUUGAAGCGUUAUGGAAGAGACUGUUACAUACAGGGCUAUGGGAGAUGUAUUUUAUGCUCACAAAAAUGAAAUGAAAGGACAUAUUUUGUGAUUUCAACUGAGUGAGCUUGUGGUGUAGUGUACAUAAAAAUAUCACAACAGCUGAAUAUCUGCUUUGGAGUUGAGAUUUCUAUUGCUGUAAAAUUUAUUUUAUAAUUAUAAGUUACAUACUAAUCGUAUUUCAUCUAAUUUUGUUCAUUUUUUUGUAGAAUUUGUGUCUGGUUUUGUUUUGCAUAGUAAUUGUUCAAACUUCAGUCUGAGUUGUUUGUUGUAUUUGUGUAUAGUUUCCAGUACAGCUAUAAUGUAAAACAGGUGUAUAAUCUGAUUUAAAAUUUUUGUUUGUAACAACCUGGAAAUGGUUAGAAUAAAUUAAGUUCUUUGAA